UUAAUUUCACACUCUAUCCAUCUAUUCUUUCCCUAAGCUUAAGCACUUCUUUUCCUCCUUAUUACUCUUCUCUUGCUCUGUUUUUGCUCUGCCUCCAACAACUUUUUUUCUUCUCUCACCCAAUUUUCUCACAAUGUCUAGCCUUGAAGCCAAGGUUCCACAAAACCCACCUCUGAAAACCCAAAAGCUUGUCCUUGGAGCCCAAAUUGGGCUGAGAAUUAUGACAAUUGCCUUAACAUUGGCUGCAACAUGGGUGGUGCUAACUAGCCGGCAAUCAACGAAGGUUUUUGGUGUCCCCGUUGAAGCUCGAUAUAGCUAUUCCUCUACUUUAAAGUUCUUUGCUUUUGCAAAUGCUAUUGUUUGUGUCCUCUCUAUCCUAUCUUUGCUCCUUGUUUUCUUCCUUUGUCAUCAAGGCUCAAACCCUGCCAAGUUCUACUACUUGUUCCUUCAUGAUUUGUCUAUGACGUCGUUGGUUCUUGCUGGAUCCGCGGCGGCAACUGCUGAAGGGUACAUUGGACGAUAUGGGAACACUCAUAGUGGUUGGAUGCCAAUUUGUGAAUAUGUGGGCAAAUUCUGCAACAAGAUGACAACUUCUGUGAUACUUUCUUACUUGUCUUUCGCUUGCUUAUUGAUGCUUACUAUCUUAUCUGCUAGCAAGUCUUAGACUGAUUCAAGUUUAAGACUCUUAAAUAAUUUAGCUGAUGUAUCCUAAGAAGAAGAAGAAUAUGUAAUUUAUGAUGAUGAUAUUGAUGAUUGUAUAAUAUAAAAUUAUGUAAUGCUAUGAUUCUGCUUUAGUGAAAAAGUAAAGAAUCCCCAUUUUAGAUGAAA